GACAACGUCUGUCCUGUUGGUUUCUUAGAGGGAUUGGGGAAUCCACUAUGCAGGUCUCGACUGAUACCCUCCAACAACACCAUGUCCAUCCCCCAGAUCGAGGCGGACCUGGUGACCAGUCAGCUGUCCCUGAAGCUGUGGAACUGUGUCCUGGAGCCGGUGCUGGAGGACCUGGGGCCGGACUAUCUUGGGGACGAGAACGACACUGGACUCGACAACAUACCAGAGGGCGUUCGUCAAGUCCAGCGCACGAUCCGUUCCCUUGGGAUUCCCCAGUCGGAGUAUGUCCGCUCCACCCCCUGCAACCUGGUCCUUCUGCACACCUUCAAGCGUCAUCUGUCCUCAGUCCGCCAUAGUCUCACGGUCAUGCGCACCGGCAUGCAGGCGCACGCGCAGUAAGGUGCAGUCAUGGCGCCAUGCCAUUUCCCAGUUUCGUGUGCACAGUCAUGAAUUAUGGUCUAGGUCAAAGGUUAAGGUACCUCACUUGUCUAAACCUGUUUGUAACGUUUUUACAUGGAUGUUUACUUCUGGGGGGCUUUGAUCUCUGACCUUACCCACAAUCCGUUGCAGCGCUAGAACUGUACUAUGUUAGACUGUCAUAUUGCUAAAGUACUUCAUAUUGAAAUGAUUGUUUGCUUGCUUGAAAUCUCUCGCAGCUAAGUUUGCUUCAGUGAAAAGUAUCUUGCUUAACUACCAUUAGUGCAUUGAUAAUUAUUUAUUCAUAUUUAUUGAAAUAUUUAUUUAGAUAUGAAAUAGUGUAGGAUCUGAGCAAUGAGGGAUGGUCAACGGAGAAGGGUGCUUUGAUACAUUUAUGUACCAAUAUCACCCGUAACGUUGUCCUACUCCCGAGCGCUGAAUCAAAACAUAACUUAGGUAAUAAGAUAACAACGAGUAAGCAUAAUCUCAAGAAAGACGUCACAACAUUUGGGUAAACAACAUUUGUUAACUUAUCUAAUUUGUAAACACAAUGUCGUAUGCACUAUUUCGUGUUGGAAAUAUGGAUGUAAUCCCCGUGGGAUAACAAUAUAUUAUGAUUAAUGAAACAGAAUGAAAACAAACAGAAAGAGAUAGAAAAGAAUUCUUAUAUCAAGUAGCCAUAUGAAAGCUAGAGUUAUGCUAGUACUAGUAUAUAAAUUGCAUUUCUUGUAGUAGUCACUAAGUAAUGGAAGCGACACCGGUAGAUUUUUUUUAUAUAACAGUUUUAGAAUUGCCACUUUUUGUUAAUCCUGUUGACAAUAAGUAUCUGCAGUUUUAUUGCUAAAUAAAAUGCGCUUGUGCCCAACUCUGUCUUUUUUAUGAAUCGUUAAUCCGGAUGGAGACUUAUUCGGUGAUUGGUUGGUAAGAUGUAUCCCAUCACUCGUUAGAACGAAC